GCGCCGGGAGUGCGGGCUGGAGGUUACGCAUUUGGGGGCGUAAACCAGAGCCUGCGAACGAGCAGCGUUUGGGGCUGCCAGAAAUCACCGGCCCACUAAAGAGAAGACGCUUUACAGUCUAGGCAGAUGUGCUAGCGACACCACUAAUGAUUCCUCUCAUGAUGCCAGAAAUGGUGCUAGCAGCCCAUUGGCGACCUACAAGUGGCUGGCUGGAGCAGCUAGUCUGCUACAACCGCGCCCAAAGGAGAGCCCCUUGCCGGCGCCAGUGCCAGCAGCACUCCCAAACAAAGGAUUCCCACGCGGUCGCGGUGUUGUUGGUGUCUUCCCGUUGCCACAGAAGUCAUCGUGUCGGUGUCGCCAGCGAGCGCAUGCUGCGAUUUACUCUCCGCGCUAGCGUGGCGCGAGGAUCGCGACGGUAGCGGCGCGCAAUGGCGCGCAGCGUCAGAAUUUGCAACAACAACACCGUCUGGCUCGCGGCAUAUAUAAAGCGGGUGGGGCCCGGUAGUCUCAGGUCAUCAUCCAAACACAAUG